AUGUAUAUCACUGCUCAGGAUCUUAAGAAGGCAAAGCUGUACUCAAAAAUCGGGAAGGAAAUUGUUUCUGCGGUUAAGAAAGGUGGUCCCAGUCCAAUAUCUAAUACGGCUCUCGCUGCUCUGAUCGAGAAAGUUAAGGAACUUGAUAUACCCAAAGACAUUGUUGACCGCAAUGUUAAGAGAGCUUCAGAAAAGGGACAGGAAGCUUUUAUCGAGAAGAUCUAUGAGGUAUAUGGUUAUGGUGGAGUUGGUAUCAUCAUUGAGGUCUUAACAGAUAAAGUAAACAGGUCAGUGGCAGCAGUUCGAGAGGUGGUGAAGGACAAUGGUGGGAAGAUGGCAGAUCCAGGAUCCAUUAUGUUCAAAUUCCAACGUGCUCGUGUUGCUAAUGUUAAAGUCACUGAUGUUGACCGGGACCAGCUCUUAACAAUUGCUUUAGAUGCUGGUGCUGAAGAUAUCAUUGAACCUUCAAUGGAUGAAUAUGAUACAGAAGCAGAUUCAUCUGAGAGGGUUUACAAAGUCGUGUCUUCUGCGGAGAACUAUCCAGUAAUAUUAUCAAAACUACAAGAGGAAGGAAUAAAAUUUAAACCUGACAACGGAUCUGAGCUACUUCCUACUACUCCAAUUGAGGUAGAUGAUGAGGCUAUGGAGUUGAACAAAGAACUAAUGUCCAAAUUACUUGAACUUGAUGAUGUUGAUGCUGUGUAUACAGAUCAAAAGUAUUAGGUUAUUAUUCCACUUAACAGUGGCAUGAACACCUAACAGCUGGUUGUUGAGGCUAUUGAAGAAUGAUAACGGCAUUCAGCUCAUUAGAGUCCUGUAGUCAAUCAUAUACGGCGUCAUCUAGCUGUUUUAUUUCUACAAAGAAUCUACAGAUCGUCUCAUCUUAGGAACACAUUGCUGUUUGGCCCAAUUUUAUCAUAGGGUUUGAUCUUUCAACUGAUAGAUGGAAUCUUUAGAUGCAUUGGUAACCCAAUAAUAUUGCCUCCCUUUUGUUUGUAAAAUGAAUGUGCUUUAAAAAUACAAUCUGAAGUUGUAAGUUAUAUUGGCAAUAAAAUUCUGUUGUUUCUCUUUAA